CGGUCCCUCGCUCCCGGCCAGGGCCCCAGGGUCCCGCAACAAUGGGGACCGACUGGGGACGCGGCCUGGGCUCCUGGCAUGCAGUGGCUCUGGGCAGUUAGAUGGACCCAGCGGCCUGGGCCUUCGCGGCACGGAGUCCAACCGGGAAACUCCAGUGGCCGGAGGCUUGGCGGGGGUCUUGGGCCUCGACCUGGGGCCUCAGUGGCUUGAUAUUUGAGGAUUUCGUAGCCGGGGAAGGGAGUCAUAGGGACACGGGGACUUAACUGUGGUCUCUGUGCGUUCAUGGCGCUGGAUGCUGGCGGCCGGGUGGAUGACCAGAGCGCGGUGUGGGGUAGGGGAAGCAUUUGGAUUUUUAGGGGCCUCUGUGUAUCUAAUCCCUAAAGCGAAUCUGGAUUGCGUCUCCCCGACCCACUUUCCUGAGGUCUGGGAAUUUGGCACAUAGGGGUCGGGCUGGGGUAGAAGAGGCAUUGAGAGUUUAGCUUCUCUGAGGUAACUGGUGAUUAGUUCCUGGAAAGGCAGGAGCUCUGCUGGGCACAGGAGAGUUAAGCAGAGAGCUGGAUCCUCCGGGGCUCUGAUGCACCCUGACGAGGAGUGGUUCUCAGACAAGGAACUUACCACAGGAGUGAGUAGUGACACACGGUGAGUAGCGCUAGCUGUCUUUUCGUUAGGGUGAGGCCGGUGGGAGUUGUGGUUUGGGGAGUGUAAAGGAGAGUUGAUAGUCGACUGAGAUUGGAGAAUCAGCUUUAUGUGGGCCAUGGUGGUGGCAGCCUGAGGAGAUGAACAAGGAAACUUUGCAGAGUGGGCUUCCUGAUGGAGAAUGACCUCUUACUGCGUGGGAGUGGGUGACUCAGAUCUGUUAGGAUUCCUGUUGCUUGCUAGGGAAUGUGGCUGACUAUAUUGGUGGCCGAACAUUGAGGUGGAUGCAACUGGAAGAGUUAUGUGAGGCUGGGUGAGUUUGUUCCCAUGUUGAGGACAGUGUGGACCUUUCUUACUCCAAGUCAGAGUGGUGGCUGUCAUUGACAACAUUUUAACACCCCUGCAGUGGACCAUGAGUCGGUAAUGCCCACUGAGGACCUCUGGGAGCCAUGUCAGACGAAUCUGCCUCAGGGAGCGAUCCAGACCUGGACCCGGACGUGGAGCUGGAGGAUGCGGAAGAGGAGGAGGAGGAGGAGGAGGUGGCAGUGGAGGAGUGUGACAGGGAUGAUGAAGAAGACCUGCUGGAUGACCCAUCCCUGGAAGGCAUGUGUGGCACUGAGCAUGCCCAGCUGGGAGAAGAUGGGCAGCAGCCGCCGCGGUGCACUUCAACUACCUCAUCUCAUUCUGAGCCUUCAGAGCAGCUUAGGCGCCACCAAGGCAACAAUCUAGCCUCCGAGGACCCCAAAAAGAAGAGAGCUCAAAAGCCCUCCCACAUGAGAAGAAACAUACGAAAGCUACUCCGGGAGGAUCAAUUGGAGCCUGUUACCAAAGCAGCACAGCAAGAAGAGUUGGAAAGAAGGAAGCGCCUGGAGCAGCAGAGGAAAGAUUAUGCAGCCCCUAUUCCUACUGUCCCGCUGGAGUUCCUCCCUGAGGAAAUUGCUUUACGAGCAAGUGAUGGUCACCAACUGCCUCCUCGGGUCUUGGCCCAGGAAGUCAUUUGUUUGGACAGUAGCAGCGGCAGUGAGGAUGAAAAAAGCAGUCGAGAUGAGGUGAUUGAACUGAGCUCUGGAGAGGAGGACACUCUGCACAUUGUAGACAGCAGUGAGUCUGUCAGUGAAGAGGAUGAGGAAGAAGAGAAGGGUGGCACCCACGUCAAUGAUGUCUUAAACCAGCGUGACACCCUUGGGCGGGUCCUUGUCAACUUAAACCACCCUCCAGAGGAGGAAAAUGUCUUCCUUGCCCCACAGUUGGCACGGGCUGUGAAACCUCAUCAGAUUGGUGGGAUCCGGUUCCUUUACGAUAAUCUAGUGGAGUCCCUGGAGAGGUUUAAGACUAGCAGUGGCUUUGGCUGUAUUCUGGCCCACAGCAUGGGUCUGGGGAAAACUUUGCAAGUGAUCUCUUUUAUCGACGUCCUCUUCCGCCACACGCCAGCCAAAACAGUCCUUGCCAUUGUGCCGGUUAAUACUCUUCAGAAUUGGCUGGCAGAGUUCAACAUGUGGCUUCCACCUCCUGAAGCCCUUCCAGCUGACAACAAGCCUGAAGAAGUCCAGCCUCGGUUCUUUAAAGUUCACAUCUUGAAUGAUGAGCACAAGACGAUGGCAUCUCGUGCUAAAGUGAUGGCUGAUUGGGUGUCAGAGGGUGGGGUGCUGCUGAUGGGGUAUGAAAUGUACAGACUUCUCACUCUGAAGAAAUCAUUUGCCACAGGUAGACCGAAGAAAACCAAGAAACGUUCUCACCCAGUCAUCAUUGAUCUGGAUGAGGAAGAUCGGCAGCAGGAGUUUCGGAGAGAGUUUGAGAAGGCUUUAUGCCGCCCUGGCCCAGAUGUAGUAAUCUGUGAUGAGGGACACCGCAUCAAAAACUGCCAGGCCAGCACCUCACAGGCUCUGAAGAAUAUCCGCUCUCGCCGCCGGGUGGUGCUGACUGGGUACCCUCUGCAGAACAACCUCAUUGAGUACUGGUGCAUGGUGGACUUUGUGCGCCCAGACUUCCUUGGCACUCGGCAGGAGUUCAGCAACAUGUUUGAACGCCCUAUCCUGAAUGGGCAGUGUAUUGACAGCACGCCUCAGGACGUGCGCCUCAUGCGGUACCGAAGCCAUGUCUUGCACAGUCUUCUGGAGGGCUUUGUGCAGAGGAGAGGCCACACUGUGCUGAAGAUUCAUCUCCCUGCCAAGGAAGAAAAUGUGAUCCUUGUGCGGCUCUCGAAGAUCCAGCGAGAUUUGUACACACAGUUCAUGGAUCGCUUUCGGGACUGUGGUACCAGUGGCUGGCUGGGGCUGAACCCCCUUAAGGCUUUCUGCGUGUGUUGCAAGAUCUGGAAUCACCCUGAUGUGCUGUAUGAAGCCCUUCAGAAGGAGAGCUUGGCCAAUGAGCAGGACCUAGACGUGGAAGAGCUUGGCUCUGCAGGGACCAGUGCCCGCUGUCCACCACAGGGAACAAAAGGCAAGGGAGAGGAUAGCACCUUGGCUUCCUCAAUGGGAGAGGCAACAAAUAGCAAGUUUCUACAGGGUGUUGGCUUCAACCCUUUCCAGGAGCGAGGCAACAACAUCGUCACAUAUGAAUGGGCCAAGGACCUUCUGACAAAUUACCAGACUGGAGUCUUAGAAAACUCUCCCAAGAUGGUACUGCUUUUCCACCUGAUUGAGGAAAGUGUGAAGCUUGGGGACAAGAUCCUUGUGUUUAGCCAGAGCCUUUCCACCUUGGCUCUCAUUGAGGAAUUCCUUGGAAAACGAGAAGUACCCUGUCCACCUGGUGCCGAGGGGCAAGGAGCACAGAAGUGGGUUCGAAACGUCAGCUACUUCCGGCUAGAUGGUAGCACCCCUGCCUUUGAGAGGGAGCGGCUCAUUAAUCAGUUCAAUGAUCCCAGCAACCUCACCACCUGGCUGUUUCUUCUCUCUACAAGGGCCGGAUGCUUGGGUGUGAAUCUGAUUGGUGCCAACCGAGUGGUGGUGUUUGAUGCUUCUUGGAACCCUUGCCAUGAUGCCCAGGCAGUAUGUCGGGUAUACCGUUAUGGCCAGAAAAAGCCCUGUUACAUCUAUCGACUUGUGGCUGAUUACACUCUUGAAAAGAAGAUCUAUGACCGUCAGAUUUCCAAGCAGGGCAUGUCAGAUCGGGUGGUGGAUGAUCUAAAUCCAAUGCUGAACUUCACCCGGAAGGAAGUGGAAAACUUACUGCACUUUGUUGAGAAGGAGCCAGCUCCCCAAGUUUCCUUGAACAUAAAGGGGAUCAAGGAGUCAGUCCUGCAACUGGCCUGUCUGAAGUACCCUCACCUCAUCACCAAGGAGCCUUUCGAGCAUGAGUCAUUGCUCCUCAACCGAAAGGAUCACAAGCUGACCAAGGCUGAGAAAAAAGCAGCAAAGAAAAGCUAUGAGGAAGACAAACGCACAUCAGUCCCCUAUACCCGCCCAUCGUAUGCGCAGUAUUACCCUGCCAGCGAUCAGAGCCUGACCAGCAUCCCCGCCUUCAGCCAGAGAAACUGGCAGCCAACUUUGAAGGGUGAUGAAAAGCCUGUGGCCAGUGUUCGUCCUGUACAGUCCACCCCCAUCCCUAUGAUGCCCCGGCAUGUCCCACUGGGAGGCAGUGUAAGCUCUGCCUCCAGCACAAAUCCAUCCAUGAACUUUCCAAUCAACUACUUGCAGCGUGCAGGAGUCCUUGUGCAGAAGGUGGUCACCACAACAGAUAUUGUUAUUCCUGGACUCAACAGCACCACAGAUGUACAGGCAAGAAUUAAUGCUGGUGAGAGCAUCCACAUCAUCCGUGGGACAAAAGGGACGUACAUCCGUACCAGUGAUGGACGGAUCUUUGCCGUCCGGGCAACGGGCAAACCAAAGGUUCCUGAAGAUGGUCGAAUGGCUGCCUCAGGUUCCCAGGGACCUUCUCGCGAGUCCACAAGCAACGGCAGACACAGUGCCUCAUCACCCAAAGCCCCUGACCCUGAGGGGCUGGCCAGGCCCGUCUCUCCCGACAGCCCAGAGAUCAUCAGUGAGCUUCAGCAGUAUGCAGAUGUGGCUGCUGCCCGGGAAUCCCGUCAGAGCUCCCCAAGCAUCAGUGCCGCCCUGCCUGGCCAACCAGCCCAACUUGUGGAUAGCAGUGCUAUUCCUGGGACAGCUCUUGGAACUGAGCCUCGACUAGGGGGUCAUUGCCUCAAUAGUUCCCUCUUGGUGACUGGCCAGCCCUGUGGUGAUAGGCACCCAGUGCUGGACUUAAGGGGCCACAAGCGAAAGUUGGCCACACCACCUGCUGCCCAGGAGUCAUCCCGCCGGCGGUCCAGGAAGGGUCAUCUGCCAGCCCCCGUGCAGCCGUAUGAACAUGGGUAUCCAGUGUCUGGCGGGUUUGCCAUGCCACCCGUCUCCUUAAACCAUAACCUCACCACUCCCUUCACCUCCCAGGCUGGGGAGAACUCCCUGUUUAUGGGCAGUACCCCCUCCUACUACCAGCUGUCCAAUUUGCUGGCAGAUGCCCGCCUGGUGUUUCCAGUGACUACUGACCCUCUGGUGCCAGCAGGCCCCGUCAGUUCCUCUUCCACGGCUACCUCAGUCACUGCCAGCAACCCCUCCUUCAUGCUCAACCCUUCUGUGCCAGGGAUACUACCCAGCUAUUCACUCCCAUUCUCACAGCCACUCCUGUCCGAGCCGAGGAUGUUUGCGCCUUUUCCUUCCCCUGUCUUGCCCAGCAACCUUUCGCGGGGCAUGUCUAUCUAUCCAGGCUACAUGUCCCCACAUGCAGGCUACCCAGCUGGUGGCCUCCUUCGGUCCCAGGUGCCUCCAUUUGACUCUCAUGAGGUUGCUGAGGUGGGGUUCAGCUCCAAUGAUGAUGAGGAUAAGGACGAUGAUGUGAUAGAGGUCACUGGGAAAUAGCUGGGGAGCCCCUUCCCACCUCAUUCGGGGCCCCCAGCAGGUUGCCCACCAAGCUGGAAGGCAGUAAUUUGGACUUUUUGAGAAAAGGACACUUGGCAGGAGGGAAAAGGAAGAGAACAAAGGAGGGUGGUUAGCCAUAAGGGCAGAGCUCUGUUGCUGUUUAACAAAAGAGGCAAAAAAAAAAAAAA